AUGCAGAGCAAGAUGAAGUUGGCGAUAGCAAUCACCACUUGCUUAGUACUUAGCUUGGUGCUACUACUACCAUCCUCCAACAUCUUCAACCGUCUCAAGUCUGAUCUUACAUUCACAGGUUCUAAAAAACCGAGGGAGAAACUGCUAGGAGGGCUUCUUGCUACAGAUUUUGAUGAGGAAUCUUGCUUGAGUAGGUAUCAUCAGCCAUCUUUGCGCAAACCUUCACCAUACAAACCAUCUGAAUCUCUUGUUUCUAAGCUUAGAAGUUACGAGAUACUUCACAAGCAUUGCGGUCCUGGCACAAAGGCAUACAAGAGAGCUACAGAGCAGCUUGGUCACAAUGAUGUCAGAAGCUCUGGUGAUGAAUGUCGGUAUGUAGUGUGGAUGCCUAUGUUUGGUCUGGGAAACAGAAUGCUUUCUUUGGUCUCUGUCUUCCUCUAUGCUCUCUUGACAGAGAGGGUCAUCCUUGUUGACCAACGGAAAGAUAUUACGGACCUCUUCUGCGAGCCUUUUCCUGAAACUUCCUGGUUACUUCCUCUGGAUUUCCCAUUGACGAAUCAGUUAGAUAGCUUCGACCGGAAACACCCGCGUUGUUACGGAACAAUGUUGAAGAAUCAUGCCACUAACUCAACUACAAUACCGGCCCAUCUUUAUCUUGAUAUUUUCCAUGAUUCCAGGGAUCAUGAUAAGAUGUUCUUCUGUGAAGGAGACCAAGCUUUCCUUGGGAAAGUCCCUUGGCUUGUCGUCAAAUCCAACCUUUACUUUGUUCCAUCUCUAUGGAUGAUCCCAAGUUUCCAAACCAAACUCAUUCAGCUAUUCCCACAGAAAGAUACUGUCUUUCACCAUUUGGCUCGGUAUCUUUUUCAACCCACAAACCAAGUUUGGGGUAUGAUCAGUAGGUCCUACAAUGCUUACUUAUCCAGAGCAGACGAGAGACUUGGGAUUCAAGUACGAGUAUAUGGCAAACACGCUGGAUAUUUCCAGCACGUGAUGGAUCAGAUUCUAUCAUGUACACAAGGAGAGAAACUUUUGCCUAUAUUGGCCGCACCAGAAUCACAAGCCAGUAACGCAUCAACAAGCCCGAAACUGAAAGCUGUCCUGGUCACAUCUCUGUAUCCGGAGUACUCUGAUAAACUAAAGAACAUGUUUUUCGAACGACCAAGUUCGACAGGAGAAAUCAUUGAAGUUUAUCAGCCAAGUGGAGAAAGAGUUCAACAAACAGACAAGAAGCUGCAUGACCAAAAGGCGCUUGCCGAAAUCUACCUCCUAAGCCUAACUGAUAAACUUGUCACAAGCACAAGGUCUACCUUUGGAUACGUAGCUCAAGGUCUUGGAGGAUUAAAGCCAUGGAUCCUCUACGAACCAAGGAACCGCAUAGUUCCUAAUCCGCCAUGUGUUAGGGCCAUGUCGAUGGAUCCAUGUUUACUUAGAGCUCCGCUCCAUGGUUGUCAAUCCAAGAUAAUCAAAAACACCCCUUUUGUUAGGUAUUGUGAGGAUUGGACCACAGGCCUUAAGCUAGUUGAUGUCUGAGAUGAAUUUUGAUAGUAACGCUUCAUCUUCUUUUAUGUUCAUCAUUGUUGCUUUAACAAAUUCCUGAAAACACCAAAACUGGGAGACUGGCUUUGGAUUGUCCUAUUGUGUGUUCUGAAAGAGACUAGUUAUGUAUCAACAUCGUAAUGCUUCGAGAAAUGGUGUUUUGCUAGUUUAGAUCUGGAAUAAACAUGUGACUCAAAGAAACGGGGAAAAAUGUAACUUCAGAUCAGAGCGUGAGUCCAUUUCCCUCGCUUUCAAAACUGAACCCAUCUUACACACAGACAAACAAAUCAGAAUAACUAAGAAACUGAGAAGACAUCAUCAGCUUCUAACAAAUCUCCAGGCUCCAGCAAACCAAAGUUCCGGCGAACCCUUAAAUGUAUAUGGUACAAUGUGUUCCACCAAAACAUUCAUCACUUUCUUUGUAGUCUGCUCCGUGCUUCUACUUGCAUUCACUAGCAUCCUUUAUUCGCGAGCCGUUGGAUCUGUUCCUCUAAAACAAAACAAAUUGUUACAAACUGUUCUGGUCAUCUCACCUCUCUGAAUCCAGACUACUCUAAUAACUUAAGGAGCUUAUAUUAGGAACGUCUGACUUCAACGGAAGACAUCAUCGGAGUUCACUAACCGAGUCAAUGGUGAGAUGUCAUCUUACAUCGCCAUAUUUUAAUUUCUCUCUGUACUCGGCGAGAUU